AACAAAUGGGUAGUGUCAUCUUGUUCGGUACAAUAUUGGCGCAUUUUUGUAGCAAAUCACGCUCCAAACUAGCACGCUUCAAACGGUCCUGUUUCCAUGUCCUGGUCUUCAAAGCGAACCCCUUUUGGGUUCAGCUUGUUUACUUCAUCGUCCUGUCUCUGCUUGGCUUCGGGGCACUGAAUAUGUCGAAGCCGAGAACCGACUCUUUCAGGCCUAAGAAAAUCGACGUGUUAUUCACGUCGGUGUCGGCAGUGACGGUCUCGAGCAUGUCGACGGUCGAAAUGGAGGUUUUCUCCAACAUCCAACUCAUCAUCAUGACUGUUUUGAUGCUCGUGGGUGGGGAGGUCUUCACUUCCAUGUUCGGACUUCAGCUGGCUAGGUCCAGGUUCACGAACCAUGAAAGCCCUGAUCCCAUUGCCCAUGAAAUGGAGUUGGGUACCAUAAUUACCUGCGAGAAACCUAGUAGUACGGACUUAGAAAACAACAAAAACUCGUCUUCUACAAAGAGCCUCAAGUAUAAAGCUACUAGGUAUUUAAGGUAUGUGGUAUUAGGUUAUUUUUUGGUCGUACAUGUAGUCGGUUCAAGUCUGGUUUCCAUGUACGUGAGCCUGGUCCCAAGCGCGAGGAAAAUACUGAAAACAAAAGGCAUUGAGAUACAAACGUUUUCCUUCUUCACCGUCGUCUCGACUUUCGCGAACUGCGGGUUCGUUCCAACGAACGAGAACAUGAUCGUGUUCAAGGAGAAUUCGGGUCUCCUGCUGCUGCUGAUGCAGCUUGUUCUUCUCGGCAACACCCUUUUUCCGGCUUGCCUGCGAGCCACGAUAUGGGUUUUGGACAAGGUGACCAAAAAGGCGGAGUUCAAUUACAUGCUGUCGAAUUAUGAGGAGAUGGGUUAUGUUCAUUUACGUUCGGGCGUUCGUUGUGCUCUUCUUGCGGCCACCGUGUUCGGGUUCAUAUUGGUUCAGUUCGUUCUGUUCUGCUCGAUGGAAUGGAACUCGGACGCCUUGGAUGGUCUUAGCUCGUACAGGAAGGUCGUGGGAUCGUUGUUCGAAGUAGUGAAUUCGAGGCACAAUGGGGAAUCGAUCGUCGAUCUUUCCACCGUCUCCUCGGCGAUCUUGGUGCUCUUCAUCGUUAUGAUGUAUCUUCCUCCCCGUACUUCCUUUGUACCAACUAAAUACCAGAAAAAGGAAUCGAAGCAGGCAUGCAAAAGUGAAGCAGAAGAAGGGAGGAGCAUUUUGGAGAGUGUUAUGUUCUCUAACCUCUCGUACUUAACCAUCUUCGUCAUCCUUAUCUGCAUCACAGAGAGACAUAAACUGAAGGAAGAUCCCCUCAACUUCAAUGUCCUAAACAUCACCCUAGAAGUCAUAAGCGCUUACGGGAAUGUCGGAUUCUCUACGGGGUAUAGCUGCAAAAGGAGGGUGGAAGGGGCGAUGGGAUGCACAGAUUCGUGGGCCGGAUUCGCGGGGAGGUGGAGCAACAGCGGGAAGUUUGUUCUCAUUGUCGUCAUGUUUUUUGGAAGGCUUAAGAGUUUCGGUUUGAAGUAUGGUAAAGCAUGGAAACUCUCCUAAGGGUUAA